AUGAGAAUCGCCUUGAUCCGGGACAGGGUGCACGACGUCGCAGAUAUGUUGAAACAGUACCUCAGGGAAUUGCCAGAACCGCUAAUGACAGCUAGACUCUCUGAAACUUUCGCCAAUAUUUUCAUCCAUGUACCUGAGAAUGAAAGAAUGCUGGCGCUUCAAUAUGCGAUUCUCCUGCUACCUGAUGAAAACCGCGAGGCUCUUCAGACGUUGUUGCUGUUCCUUAGUGAUGUGUCCAAGCAUGCGGAAUAUGCCUGCUCAAAAAACCUGUCGGUCUGCUUCACUCCCUCCCUGUUUCACCUGAGUGCUUCUCGCCUCGACAAAAUCACACCAACACGACGGCAUAAGACGAUUGGCGCUGCUGGAAUGCCGACGGAACGCGAAGAUGCGGGAAACAAAAGCUGCUCAACAAUGUCUUACUUUCUUGAUACAACAUUGCCGAAAUUACAAUCCGACAAUGACACACCUUUGCUCAAAGAACUCGGCUUGAACGGUCCACGAGCCUAUCUCAUCGACAAAGUCUUGGAUCUGGUUAAGGAGCAUUCCGAACGUUGGAAGGGUUGGAUGUUCGAAGGAACACAUGAAGAAGUGGAGAUCUCGUGCAAAGUACCAAAUGACUGCCAUCCGUUGAAAUUGUUUCGCGUGUGGAUAGAUGUGGCUGCUCCACCGAAACAAGUCAUGAAUCGGAUCAUGCGCGAAAGGAACGUGUGGGACACUUCAGUCGUAAAUUGGCGAAUAAUCGACGUUCUACACGUUCCGGACACGGAUCUCCACCAAUACGUGCUUAACGACACCAUCGGGCAUCCGACACGAGACUGUUUUGUCGCUCGGUUCCAUCGUGCAGAUCUUUCGGAGAUUCGUGGUGCAUGCGCCGUAGCUGAACGAAGUGUGCAUUGCAAUGAAACGCAAUUGCUAGGAGGCAUCUCAGCUGUGGUGCUGGAUAGCCGAUUCCUGAUCGAGCCAAAGGCUGGCCACUCACGAGUCACUUAUCUCUCCAGAGUUGAUCUCAGGGGUCGAGGUCCUUCGUGGUACAACAAGGUAUACGGCAACAUCAUCGCACGUCAGAUGAUUCGAUUACGCGACUCGUUCCAAUCGAGUUCUGAAAGUGUAGGUCCUGAGACUAAGGUCUGA